AGACGGUGAUGGAAGAAUAACAGCGAGUAAGUCAAACAGUAAAGAUGAACUUAUUCACUUAAUGUAAUUAUUAUUAUAGAAAUAUGAAGUGCAGCUGAAUUUAUACUUGAUAAUUAAAUAUGAUGUAAAUUUGAUGUUGUUUAGUUAUCGCGUUUGUCUUUAAUCGUGUCGCUGUGACGUAACGCUCUGUUUUUCUCCUCGGAGCAUGUUUGCCGUGACUGCGAUGGCCUCGCCGUUCGUCCCGGUCCCCGUGCCCUUCGAGCGAGCUCCGCGGGCGGACAGAGCCGCGUCUGCGGGCAGCGACAGGUGCUUCUCCAGCGGGCCUCCAGACGAGCAGCGGCCGAUCACACCCACCGUGCUGGGCUACGAGGUGAUGGAGGAGAGGGCCAAGUUUACCGUCUAUAAGGUUCUGGUGAGGAAGACUGUGGAAGAGAGCUGGGUCGUGUUCAGACGCUAUACUGACUUCUCUAGACUCAACGAUAAGGUCAGGAGUGUGUGUGUGUGUGUGUGUGAGAGAGAGAGAGAGUGAGUGUGUGAGAGAGAG